GGAAAACAGGUCCAAACACCCCAACAACGCCGCGCAAACGAAGCCUUUGCGAAGAAACAAGAAACCAAGCGUGGAAAGCCCGAGCCCGUCCUCAAGAAAACAACUCCCCAAAAGAGUCCCGUCAGCAAGUUUUGGCUGUUUGCCUUGCUAUUCGUUGUUUGCGGCGGUCUCGUGUUUGAGCUUUUGCGCAUCAUUGUUGGGUACUUUUGA